AUGGAUGCUACCAUCGAAGGCUUUGUAAAAGCCCUUGGAGGUGGUGUCGGUGCGGUUUUCUCGACGACGGUGCUUUACCCCUUGGAGGUAACAAAGACGAAGGUGCAAGCCUUCGCAGGCCAUGCAACUACAGAUGAGGGCUUCGACGAGGAGAAGCACCAGGCCAUGGGAAACACUUUCCGUGCCUUGCAGUACACCUGGAAGAAGGAAGGCUUUCAAGCAUUGGUGGCCCCGUGGGCGCCUGGUUGGCCGAGUACAUGCCUGGAUUCGUUUAUCUUCAACUUUGUGUACUACUACUUCUAUGAGGCCUUCAUGGCCCUCUGGCGAAGGUUUGUCGGCCGUGUCACAUACCGUGCCAACAUGCUCAUUGCCACGACCGCAGGCGCAUUGAUGCAGCUUUCGACGUUGCCUGUGCAGAACCAUUCUACAAGGAUGCAGACCCAGACUGUGCGGCGGGGCAACUGGGCAACGGCCGUUGCCAUGUAUCGGGAGGAAGGCCUGGAAGCUUUCUACAAAGGCCUUCUACCAUGCUUGCUUCUUUCUGUGAGCGCCACGAUUCAGGAGCCCCUCUAUGACACCAUCAAAGCUGCAUGGUUAAGGCGAAUGAACCAAAAUAAUGCGAAGGGCGUUCGUAUCGGACUGACAGCUGGCCAGGCAUUCUGGUUGGGCCUUGGCAGUAAGCUCAUUUCCUCCACGAUCUGCUAUCCACUGACACGAGUGAAGCAGAUGUGCCAGGCGCAGACAAAGCGCUCUAAAAUCUCUAAAGGCCGGCAGCAACAGUCAAAAAAGCAGCAAGGAGACGUAUCAGACACGGUGCCCCUCAGCAUGUUCGAGAUGGCCAUGAGGGUCUACAAAGCAGAUGGGCUACGCGGCUUUGUGUACGGAAUCGAAGGACAAGUCUUCAACGCGUCUAUAAAGGCAGCUUUGAACAGAAUGGUGAAAGAACGCAUUCAGAUAUUUCUGCUUUUCUUUCUGUUCCCACAUCAGUUUCGCAAAAUGCGAGAAGCUGCCUUGCUAGAAGCUCAAGCAUAG